AUGAGUACUCGCCAAGAAUCCGAAUUGAAUCCUAUUCCUAUUCCACCCAACGCCUUGCCUGAGGUGAUUAUAGGAUGUGACAUGUGCUACUGGUGUGGUGGUUUUCGACAUAUGCAAACCAACUGCCCAGCGCGUCAAGCUGGGUUGGCUCGAUCAGCUCGUCCUUACAAGGAUUGGCGUCGAGUGAUGGGUCAUCGCAAGCUUUACAGUGUGAACGUUCUGUUCCCUGUUCAAAAUGUCGUAGGUCCAGUAAUCGUGGCCGCGGAAUUACCUCCAUUGGGUGGCGCUGGUGCGCCUGGCCUGCCUACGGUAAACAAUAAUGACGUCGUAAUGCUAGGCCAGGUUGAAGUAAACGGUGUAUUAGCCAACGAAAUACAAGCAAACAACGAAGAUGGCCAAGCCAUGCCAACGAUCGAUAAUGACGACGUAAUGCUAGGCGAGGUUGAAGAGAUAGGCGUGUUAGCCAACGAAAUAGAAGCGCACAUCGAAGAAUUGUAUCUAACGUACAAGAGGCUUGCACAAUAUGAUCUCAGGGUCAUUGGGGUCACGUUGGGCGACGCUAAUGCCAUUGAGCAACUGAUGAUCGGCACCGGCGUCGCAUCUGACGCCGGAUUGGAAGGGGCUGAAGUUACAAACACAACCGAAUAUGAAGGUACCGCCAACUCAAUUGAUUACAAUAUAACCGCUGGGUCCCCGGAUGAGGAAAUUGUCGUUACUGGCCCCUCGUCAUAUCAACCGGUUAUUCAUGAGUUUACAAAUACUAACAGUGUAAUUCGCCAUGGCCCAUUGAUGCGACACAGUGGAGUCAAGCGCCGCAACCCUUUUGGCAACAAAGAGGAUGCGCGCCGAGUGCAAUCAAGAUCUUGUUCCUCAUUGUUUCACAGUUUUGAAUAUGUCAUGUAA